GAAAAACUAUAAACAAAAUACAAAAUGGCGGACAAGUAGGGCUUGUGACAUAAUGCGGAUAAAAACUACUCUUUAUGACGAUAUAGAAACAACAAACUAGUUCUAAAUCUUAAAAGAUUGUCACGCAAAAUUAUGGUCUUAAAGUAUUAGCGUUAUUUCGACAUGAAUAAUAUUCUAYGCGGAUGUUGUGGACCAAACAAGACAGUUUUCCAGCCUGCACUAAGAAUGAGCCAGAGACUAUUUUGCAGUUUAUCACGUCCAAGGGUCGAUACUUACAGGCUCAACGCUGGCCUAAGGCAGAAAUGGAAGCAAAAAGAACAGCAAGGACUUGUUCAACUGAUACGAAACAGAAAUUUUGGUAGUUUUAGGGGAAUUUUUGCGAAGCCGGGGACAAGAUUGCAACUGCCUCCAGUUUUGUGUUAUUCUUUAUACCCAUUACUAAGAAAAGGAGAUAUUCGUUAUGGUUUUUCAAAGCUAUUUUCAACAAGUUUUUGCAGAGCUCAAAACAAUGAAGACGAAAAGAAAAAAGAGAAUGAGCCAAAGCUAGGUGAGGACCCAAAUCAAGGUGGCUGGAUCCAGAUCCUUCCAUGGAUUAUCCUAGCAGCAUUUUAUCUACUUACAGCAGGAACAGAUCCUACACCAGAAACAACAUGGUUGGCAUUUUAUAGAGAGAUGCUUACCAAUGGAGAGGUGGAGCGUCUCGAAAUACCUGCAUCUCAGGACAAAGUGUACGUGUAUUUACACCGAGGGGCAAUAGUGGCUGGAAAAGAGGUUUUCUCUUAUGGUCCACACUAUGUGUUCAGUAUAGCAAGUCUGAAUAGUUUUGAACAGAAAAUGCACCAAGCUCAACUAGAACUCAAGAUUCCUCCACAAGAAUACAUUCCGAUCAAAUACAGGGCACAGAAUGAGCUUCUGUCCAGUUUAGUUGGAGCAGCAACAGCUGUGGCUUUCAUUGGUAUAGUCUGGUACUUGAUUGUUGGCCGAAGAGCGCCUGGAGGGGGGCGUAAAGGAGGCAUCAUGGGAGCCAACCCCUUUUCCAGCUACAUCAAGGCCAAAGCAACGGUCAUAAUGCCAGGAAAAAGCCAGGGAGUCACGUUUAAAGAUGUUGCUGGAAUGGAAGAGGCAAAGAAAGAAGUCAUGGAAUUUGUGGAUUACUUGAAGUCUGCUACAAGAUACAGUCGUCUUGGAGCCAAGAUACCAAAGGGUGCACUUCUAGUUGGUCCUCCUGGUACCGGAAAGACUCUCUUAGCCAAAGCUGUCGCUUCAGAAGCUGAGGUACCCUUCCUUUCCAUGGCGGGCUCAGACUUCGUAGAAAUGUUUGCAGGUGUUGGUUCUGCUAGAGUCAGAGAUUUGUUUGCAAGAGCCAGGAAACUAUCACCGUGUAUUGUCUAUAUCGAUGAAGUGGAUGCUAUUGGAAGAUCUAGAAAAUCUAGUCAGGCGAUGGGUGGUCACAAUGAACAAGAAAAUACUCUAAACCAACUUUUAGUGGAAAUGGAUGGAAUAAAUACCGUAGAAGGCGUAGUUAUGUUGGCCUCGACAAACAGGGCAGACAUAUUGGACCAGGCUUUACUGCGUCCAGGUCGCUUUGAUCGCUACAUUGCUAUUGACCUACCAACCUUGCCUGAAAGAAUAUCCAUAUUUGAAGUUCACCUGAAAAAGUUGACUCUAAGGAAUUCGUUUAAGAGUUAUUCCAGACGGCUGGCUGAGCUGACUCCUGGAUAUAGUGGUGCUGACAUUGCCAACAUCUGUAAUGAAGCUGCCCUUCACGCUGCUAGACUUAAUGAAAAAUCCGUGGAUUCCAAGAACUUUGAAUAUGCCGUGGAAAGAGUCAUUGCUGGAAUGGAAAAGAGAAGCAAUACCAUAACUCCCCAAGAACGAGAAACCCUUGCUUUCCAUGAAGCAGGUCACGCCUUAGUAGGAUGGAUGUUGGAGUACACUGAUCCAUUACUCAAGGUUUCUAUCGUCCCUCGUACGAACUCUACACUUGGUUAUGCUCAGUAUCUACCAUCUGAUCAGAAACUGUACACCACAGAACAGUUGUUUGAUCGCAUGUGCUUAGCACUUGGUGGACGGGCAGCGGAAAGUAAAAUAUUCAGGAGAAUAACCACCGGAGCUGAAGACGACUUGCGUAGAGUUACAGAUAUGGCAUACAGACAAAUCGUUACCUUUGGAAUGAAUGACCGCGUGGGCAACAUAUCAUUUCCCGUGAAGAGAUCAUCAGAGCUGGGCAAGAAGCCAUACAGUGAUAAGUUAGCGUUAAUAAUUGACGAAGAGGUCAGAAUGCUGGUUGCUAAAGCGUUUAGGAGGACUCAAAACAUCAUAGACACCCAUCAAGAUAAACUCGUCAAGCUGGCCAACGAACUGCUUGACAAAGAAGUGCUCAAUUACGAUGAUAUUGUUCGUCUGAUCGGGGAGUGUCCGUAUGGCGACAAGAGAAAGAUAAUGGAUGUCAAAACUAUGGUUGAUGCAAUAGAUUCAUCCCAUCAGCUACCCGUCUGAUUUAUCCUUGACAUUCGUACACGUUUAACCAGUUUAACCACGUUUAAGAGCAAAUAACUUACUGACAGACUCGUUUGUUGCUGUUGAUGAUGAUGAUGAUGGAGAUGAUGAUGAUGUUGAUGGAGAUGAUGAUGACGACGAUGAUGUAGAUGAUGAUGAUGUUGAUGAAGAUGAUAAUGACGAGGACAAGGAUGACGAUG